AGGACUGCUCCACACUCCUGAGUCCUGACUCCCCACCUCCCGAAAGGCUACCCCGGACUCCGGCGUUCGGCAAUGUCGCUCCACCAGCGGCCGCACCAGAAGCCGCCGGGCACGGGCGACUCUCUCCCUGCCGUCUCCUCCCCCACCGCCGCCACCGCCCCCUCCCGCCCGCACCCCCUCCUCACACUCCCCUACCUCUUCUCCCUCCUCGCGGUUCUCCUCUUCGCUGCCCUCCUCCUCCCCUGGGGCCCAGCAGCGCGCCCUCCCUCGUCGCCGUGGCGCUCCUACACCCUCCAGGAGGCCGCCGCCUUCGCCGCCGCAGCGGGAAACGGCACAGUGCUCCUGGCUGCUGUCUCUGGACCGUACCUCCCCUUCCUCUCCAAUUGGCUCAUCAGCGUCCGUCGCGCCGGCCGUGCGGAUCAGGUGCUUGUCAUCGCCGAGGACUACGAGACCCUCGAUCGCAUCAAUGCCGCCUGGCCAGGACACGCCGUCCUUGUGCCCCCCGCGCCCGAUGCCCAGACCGCCCACAAAUUUGGAUCCCAGGGGUUCUUCAACUUCACCUCGCGCCGGCCACGGCACCUGCUGCAGAUUCUUGAGCUCGGGUACAGUGUCAUGUACAACGAUGUCGACAUGGUGUGGCUUGCCGACCCGUUCCCUUACCUCGUCGAGGAUCACGACGUGUACUUCAUGGACGAUAUGACUCCUGUGAAACCACUUGAUCAUUCACAUGAGCUGCCACCACCGGGGAAGAAAGGGCGGACUUAUAUUUGCAGUUGCAUGAUUUUCCUCAGGCCAACUGAAGGUGCCAAGCUCCUGUUAAGGAAGUGGAUCGAGGAGCUUAAGGAGCAGCCCUGGUCGAAGCAGAGGAAGGCAAAUGAUCAGCCAGCAUUCAACUGGGCUUUGAACAAGACUGCCGGACAGGUUGAUGUUUACCUCCUGCCUCAGUCUGCAUUUCCAACUGGAGGCCUAUAUUUCAAGAAUAAAACAUGGGUCAAGCAGACAAAGGGCAAGCAUGUCAUUAUACAUAAUAACUACAUCACAGGGUUUGAGAAGAAGAUAAAACGGUUCCGUGAUCAUGGGCUGUGGUUGGUAGAUGAGCACAGUGACGAGUCACCGCUUGGCAGAAUCUGAGCAUGCUAUCAAGGCGCUCUUCUUGCUGCAGCAUCACAAUUUUGUAACUGGUAUUUGACUCUUGAAGCCAGUGUCUACCUAACCAGAUGGUGGAUAAUGUUCGGCUCACCACACAAGAUGCAGCAGUCAAAGAUCGAAUCCAUAUGCAGAAGAUAUUAUUUGCCAGCAUCUUUUAUUGGCUGUAUGUCAAGCGCUUGUAGAGGUAUCCUUUACCAUGAGGCAUGAUGAUUAUUUUUAUGAUUGUAUUUGUUCUUACCGAAAAUGGUGUGUUUGAGAGCAGUAAGAUCUUAGGGUGUGGCAGAACAGACCCUUUGGUUAGUACAUUGGCUGAUUCACUUAUUGUAUAGCGUUAGAGUUUGUUAGGCUGUAUCGUCAAUGCUGAAAUUAAGUUAUACUUUUUAGCUUUAGGGGUUUAGUGAAUGUUAUUGCUCCAAUGAAUUGGGACUGAAGCUUUAGUCUUUUAAUCUGCGCAA